AACCCAUGACCUCUGCCUCCCAAGCCCGGGCUCUUUCCACUGAGCCACGCUGCUUCUCCUAGGGUAGUGCCCCGGAGCUGCCCGCUGCCCCUGCCCCGGCCCGUGGGACCCAGGCCCCCGGCCCCCUCCGCGGGACCCAGGCCCCCAGUCUCCCAAGUCCCACGAUGGGCCGGCCGGGCCCCCCUGGCCUCUGGCUGCUGCUGCAGGCCGUGGUGGGCACCUGCCUGGGCAUCAGCUCCAUCGACAUGGACCGGCCGGGCGAGGGCAGGUGCCAGCCCGUGGAGAUCCCCAUGUGCAAGGACAUCGGCUACAACCUGACCCGCAUGCCCAACCUCAUGGGCCACGAGGACCAGCGGGAGGCGGCCAUCCAGCUGCACGAGUUCGCCCCGCUGGUGGAGUACGGCUGCCACGGCCACCUGCGCUUCUUCCUGUGCUCCCUGUACGCGCCCAUGUGCACGGAGCAGGUCUCGGCCCCCAUCCCCGCCUGCCGGGUCAUGUGCGAGCAGGCCCGCCUCAAGUGCUCACCCAUCAUGGAGCAGUUCAACUUCAAGUGGCCCGACUCUCUGGACUGCAGCCAGCUGCCCAACAAGAACGACCCCAACUACCUGUGCAUGGAGGCCCCCAACAACGGGUCGGAGGAGCCGGCCCGGGGGCCCGGCCUGUUCCCGCCGGCGGCCCGGCCCCCGCCGAGGCCGCCCGGCCCGGCCGACCCGCAGCCCAAGGACGGCGGGGGCCCGGGCCGGCCCGGCUGCCGGAGCCCGGCCAAGUUCCACCGCGUGGAGAAGAGCUCGGCCUGCGCCCCGCUCUGCAACCCCGGGGUGGACGUCUACUGGGGCCGCGACGACAAGCGGUUUGCUGUGGUCUGGCUGGCCGUCUGGUCCGUCCUCUGCUUCUUCUCCAGCGCCUUCACCGUGCUCACUUUCCUCAUCGACCCGGCCCGCUUCCGCUACCCGGAGCGGCCCAUCAUCUUCCUGUCCAUGUGCUACUGCGUCUACUCGGUGGGCUACCUGAUUCGCCUCUUCGCCGGGGCCGAGAGCAUCGCCUGCGACCGGGACGGCGGCCAGCUGUACGUCAUCCAGGAGGGCCUGGAGAGCACUGGCUGCACUAUCGUCUUCCUGGUCCUCUACUACUUCGGGAUGGCCAGCUCGCUCUGGUGGGUCGUCCUGACCCUCACCUGGUUCCUGGCUGCUGGCAAGAAGUGGGGCCACGAGGCCAUCGAGGCCAACAGCAGCUACUUCCACCUGGCCGCCUGGGCCAUCCCCGCCGUGAAGACCAUUGUGAUCCUGGUCAUGAGGCGGGUGGCCGGGGACGAGCUGACGGGCGUCUGCUACGUGGGGAGCAUGGACGUGAACGCCCUCACUGGGUUCGUCCUCAUCCCCCUGGCCUGCUACCUCAUUAUUGGCACUUCUUUCAUCCUGUCUGGGUUCGUGGCCCUCUUCCACAUCAGGAGGGUGAUGAAGACCGGGGGGGAGAACACAGACAAGCUGGAAAAGCUCAUGGUGAGGAUCGGGGUCUUCUCCGUGCUCUACACAGUGCCCGCCACCUGCGUCAUCGCCUGUUACUUCUACGAACGGCUCAACAUGGAUUACUGGAAGAUUCUGGCCGCUCAGCAGAAGUGCAGAGUGAACAACCAGACGAAAAACCUGGACUGCACGAUGAACGGGUCCAUCCCGGCGGUGGAGAUCUUCAUGGUCAAAAUUUUUAUGCUGCUCGUGGUGGGCAUCACGAGCGGCAUGUGGAUCUGGACUUCGAAAACCCUGCAGUCCUGGCAGAACGUCUGCAGUCGACGCUUGAAGAAGAGGAGUCGGAGAAAACCCGCCAGCGUGAUCACCAGCAGUGGGAUCUACAAAAAGCCUCAGCAUCCCCAGAAGACUCAUCACGGGAAAUAUGAAGCAGCCCUACAGCCGCCCACCUGCGUGUGAAAGGGUACCGAGAAAACCGCUCUUCCAGUCGAGAGACGUGAGCCGACGGACACCGGUUGCGGGCCGAAACGAAAACGGCGAGUGCUCUGAGCAGAUUGUACAUAAGAGGACAAAGGCCCACCCUGAAAUUCGGGAGCUUGGGAAAAAUCGGAAGGGGAAAUGGAACGGAGAAGAGUUUCAGUUAAACAGAGAUCGAUACAAUCGGUUCCACUCCUACUCUGAGGUCAGGUAAUCCUCGCUGCCCUCAGAGGAAACGCCGCUUGGACCGCUUGUUACGUGGCCUGGGUGUACAUGUAACGUCGGCGGCCUACGCGUCUUAUGUGUGCACUGAGAGGUGUCCGCAGUGUACGCACACCCUGACGCACACAAACACACACGCAGACGGGGGUAGCCGAGCCGGCUUUGCUACACCUUUAACAAGACCGCAAAAGAAUGGUGAACUAAAAGACUCCCUUCUGGGUCAGCAAAAGAAUUGUGUGUUUUAGCAAAUUAACAAUUCCAGAGGCCCACUCAGUCAGGGUACUGUGUAAGAAACUACUUGUGUGCAAACUUAAAAAGAAAUCCUUUGCAACCCCUCACAAUCUGGUGGGCUUGGAGUAACUCUAAAUGCAUCUGAGUUAGAGCCUUCCCCAAUAUUCGUUCACUCAAAAAAAGAAACUUCCUCCACCAAACACAAACUUUGUGAAUACAAAUAAUGUGCAAUACAUUUUUUCUUACCAUGAAAUAAAAAGAGAAACAAGUAUUUUGCUGUACAUAAAAGGCAACAAAAGAAGUCUCUUAACAAAAGAACUAAGAGGUCUAGCCCUCAGAAACCCUUUAGUGUUACAUUUUGUGGCUUUUUAAUGGAAAUCAAGCCAAUGUUAUACACGUUGGGACUGAUUUGUGGAAAAGAGAGAGAGAGAGGGAUCAUUCAAAGGAACCCAAAGGGCUUAUUGACUCUUUCUAUUGUUAAACAAAUUCUUGUCAUGAAUAGAUCAAGAAGCACUAGAUGUGCUGCAAAGGGAAACUUUGUGUAGGACGAUGCUCUUUACUGUGCUAGAAAAGCCCAGUUUUUAGUCGUGUAUAUUUGUAAUAUAUGAUUAUUUUUCAUGUGCCACUAUUUUAUUAAAAUAAAAUAUGUUCUUUAGUUUGGUGA